CCGAGUUUACCAGUUCGUUUAAAUUGCAUUCCAUAAAUUUAGACAUAUGUUUUUCUAAGUACGUGCAAGCUGGUUGAAAAUGAGCUCCAGUGGACGUAAUUGCAGUUGAAAUAGCAGAUGGACAGGUUUGGAAAAUGUGAGGACUCAUAUCGUCCUAACCAGCAGGAAGCCCCCCACACCAUAUGGUCUCUGGCCAUACUCUUGUGUUGGUGUCUGGGUCUUGUUUCCAAUUAGAGAUACAAGCAAGACGUGAUAUAGGAAAUGGUCUGUCAAAUGCAGAUCUGAGAUACAAACACUUAUUGGUGUGUGAGAUUACGUAACAGUCUAGUAUCAACAGUAAGUCUCAGUUGAGACACCAAUAUGGUUGUCAACAUGAAGGGUUUUUUUCUGCUGAGCUGCGAUCUCUGGCUGCCUUCUUCAGUGCAAACGACUGCAUGGGGUUUUGAUUUCAUGGCUAAGCCUUGCUUAACAGCAUCACGUGCGCAUGUGCGCCCCAAGAUUCACUCCAAUACGCUGCUACCUGACGCUUUUGAGAGGUGCUAAGGUGUCUCGUUCCUCUAAUCCCUCCUUCCCUAGAAGAAGAAAUUACUAAACUUUUAGAGUAUAAACACACCAUUUCCUAGUUCCACCCUGAGCGUGUGAGAACUCUAGAUUUUCCACAUCCUGUGUUUGUGGAGGUGAAAGCUGGAGCUUCACAGUUGUCUCUGAAUGCCGGGCCUAGCAUGCAGCCUGAGCCUGUCGGAAGGGGAGCCUGGCUCACAGGAGCCUCCCCCCUCCCACUUGCUCCUCUCCCUCUCUCUUACUGUUUUCCAGGGGCACAGCUGCGACUUUGCAUUUGUCCAGGAAGGUAUCAGAAGAGUUCACCAAGGGAUGGGAGACAGCCCUUUUCUGGAAGAUCCUUUGAUUUGGAUCUACCUGGCCAGAAUCUGCAGUUUUUGACAAGGGCCAUCCACCAACCUGUGAGUGUAAUUGAGGGUUUUCUAAGCAAAGAAGUCAGUUACAUUGUGUUCAGCCACAGGGAAACAAAGGCACAGAAUGAUGGGACAAGCUGCAGACUGCCCCAGCCCCAGGGAGGUCAGAACUACCCUGGACAGUCUAAAAGACAGGCACGUCAGGACUUCACAGAAACCCCGAGAGUGGGGAAGACCUUUAUUCUCUGGACUCUGAUUUGUGCCUGUCCUCAGCUGUCACUGCUCCAGGUUUCUGAGGGACAUAACCCAAGGUAUCGCUUCACUGUAAACGUCUGUAUAUGUGCUGUGCUUCCAUGGAAUGCCUCACCGCUCUUUCCCUGUCCGAUGUCUUUGGGCAGAGGGAAGGAGCUACUGCAGAAGGCCAUCAGAGGCCAGGUGAACUGGGACGGUGGAGGUGGCGCUGGGAGCAGCAGCCUCCUGACCAGCUCCCGCUCCUGGGGAGUGGGGCUCCUGCAUGUGGAUGGCACUACUAACCCCUCGGAUACCUGUGGAGGGGAGCUUGACACGCAGGUGUACACGCAGAGCUGUCCUUCGGGUCUCUGUGGACAGAGAGACAAGAACAAAAGGCGAAGACAGGUCAUCCUGGUCCAGAGGACAACUGGUCAUUCCACCACCCGGGGAACACGUCCAGGAACAGAGUCAAGAACACAGAAAGUGGCCAGACUGAAGGCACCAUUCCUCAAAGAUGAAGGUGGGAGUUGCAUGUGCUCGACAAAGCUCGUUAGCCUGACCAACCUCAAGUCUGUAGACGCAGAGACAAAAUGUCACUCAGAAAGAAGAUGGAAGGGUGCUAGAGCGGUGGGUACUCGUUUCUCCUUGACAUCCGAGAAGACUCAUUGUUCUGCCAGACUAGAACCUUCAGAAGUCGGUGUGGGUCAAGGGACAAAGUGGGAGGAGCUAAGGCUGGAGGCGGAGCUAAGGCUGGAGGCGGAGCUAAGGCCGGAGGCCCCAGCAGCCUUCCUUGAGGGCCCCAGCAAUGACCACAUGUCCCCACCCUGUACCCUCCCCAGAGAACUCAAGCAUGGGGAACCAAACCUGCGGCCAGCUGCAUGCACCAUGGCCAGGAGAAGAAGGGGGUUCUGUGAAUACUGCCAGGAGACCUUUGCUCCAUGUGUCCUGGCUGCCCUGGAGUGGCAAAGUCAAACAAAGCCCUCCACCUUCACCACGCAAAACCCCCGCAGAGGUGCCCCGCACAGGCCACUUCCCUGUGCUCAGCCCAACCCAGCAGACCCCCUUGUCAGGGAGGCCUUCCUCCUACAGGAUGUGUGCCUACCCCCACAGGCUGUCAGGGUCCCUGGCUCUGAUUGUGACCCCCUCUGUCUUGAGAGUCCACCCCCCGGCCAGCCAGCCCAUCUUAGGGCGGCAUCUCCUGGGAUGAAGAAGGGAAGUGGCGGCCAGACUCCGGGUGUCCCAGAGCAGAAGGGGGCAGUGGACAGCAUAAAGGCAUCAGCUGACCCUGCAGUGGCUUGGCGAGGUGCCAGGACCAGAAGCAAGAUGUCUGGGGGGAACCAGCCGGUUUGCCUGUGCCCCCUCCCAAGGUACCUUCUGACCAGCUCUUAUGAACCCCUGCUCUGA